AUGCACUCCGCUUCCAGUAUGCUGGGAGUCGUGAAAAUGGAAGGACACGAGCACACGGAGUGGACCAACUACUACGGCGAGCCGGAGGGCUACUCGUCCAUGAACGCGGGCCUGGGUAUGAACAGCUACAUGGGCAUGGCUGGCAUGGGCGCAGCGGGCAACAUGACGACGGUGGCAAGCGGCGGCUCCAUGGGCAUGUCCUACGCGGCUGGCCCGGCGGGCAUGAGCCUCUCCCCGGGCGCGGGAGCCAUGGCCGGCAUGGCGGCCCACCUGAGCCCCAGCCUGAGCCCGCUGGGCGGCCAGGCCGGCUCCAUGGGCGGCGCGUUGGGCGCCUACUCGGCCUUGAGCCCCGUCGGGGGCGGCGGCGGCGGCGCCUACGGCCAGGCGGCCGGGCUGGGCCGCUCGCGGGACGCCAAGAGCUACCGCCGGAGCUACACGCACGCCAAGCCGCCCUACUCCUACAUCUCGCUCAUCACCAUGGCCAUCCAGCAGUCGCCCAACAAGAUGCUGACGCUGAGCGAGAUCUACCAGUGGAUCAUGGACCUCUUUCCCUUCUACCGGCAGAACCAGCAGCGCUGGCAGAACUCCAUCCGCCACUCGCUCUCCUUCAACGACUGCUUCCUCAAGGUGCCGCGCUCGCCCGACAAGCCCGGCAAGGGCUCCUUCUGGACGCUGCACCCGGACUCGGGCAACAUGUUCGAGAACGGCUGUUACCUGCGCCGCCAGAAGCGCUUCAAGUGCGACAAACCGCCCGGCGCCAAGCAGCAGCCGCCGCUGCAGGGCGCUUCGCCCGCCGCCUCGGGCGCCCCGUCGGGUCAAGGCAAGAAGGCGCCGCAGCAGCAGCCGCCCCAGCCGCCCCCGGAGCGCGACUGCGGCCCCGAGUCGCCCCACUCCAGCGCCUCGCCCUGCCAGGAGCACAAGCGCGCCCUGGCCGACCUGAAGGGCCCCCCGGAGCCCGCCCCGUCGCCAGCCCAGCAGCAGCAGCAGCAGCAGCAGCACCUCCUGGCGCAGCACCACCACGCUGGACUGGCCCACGAGGCGCACCUCAAGGCUGAGCACCACUACGCCUUCAACCACCCCUUCUCCAUCACCAACCUGAUGUCCUCCCCCGAGCAGCAGCCCCAGCACCACCCCCACCACCCCCACCCGCCCCACCCCCACCACCCCCACCAGCCCCACCCCCACCACAAAAUGGACCUCAAGGCCUACGAGCAGGUGAUGCACUACACUGGCGGCUACGGCUCUCCGGUACCCGGCAGCCUGGCCAUGGGCUCGGUCACGAACAAAAGCGCCCUGGAGGCCUCCCCCUUGGCCGGAGACCCCUCCUAUUACCAGGGAGUUUACUCGCGGCCCAUCAUGAACUCCUCCUAACGGGCCUGCCCCGCCUCUCCCGUGGGGGCCAAAGGGAAAGGGGAGAUCAGGACCGCCCGAAGAGGCCCCGUCCAUUCCGCCAAGGACUGUCCUUGUGCCCCAAGCGACUUUCCGCCCCCCCCCCCCCCGCGAAGUCGAGUCGCUCUCCCAUCCGACGUGAGAAUCCGGCAGAACAGAGGAGAGGCCCCUUUGCUCCUUCACGAUACUCGAGCCUGGUUUUUAAAGUAAUGAUUUUUUUUUAAUAGACUUACUACGGGGAAGCCCUCAGACCCAGCGGCUGACCGCCGGGUCCUCAGCGAGGGCGAUAAUCCCCCGAAGAGAGGUCGCUGUCAUAUUUAAUAGACGUCGCUGUCUGUCAGUUUGGCUUCUUUUCUUCUGUCCCUUUCUCUCCGACGUCAGGAAGAAAAGGAAAAGGACUGAGGAAUAGCAAGUUUCCCAUUUCCAGUUUUCCCCCCGCAGACACAGGUCUAAUUUUAUUUCCUUUGGAGCUUUUUUUUUAGGCGAUUCCUUGUACGUUUGUUCCUUUAUUUGUUUGUUGCUGGGAGUUUAAAUAUAUCUAUUUUGAGGUGUGAAAGCGACACGAAUAUAAGUGUGUGUAAACCGAUGUUAGAGUUUAAAACGGAUGAUCAAAAGACUCGUAGCGUUGUGAAUACAAAACGAAAAGAAGAAGAAGAAGAAGAAGAAAGGACUUUUAGUUUGUAAUUGAACCCAGGAAGGUUUGAUGUUACCGAGAGAGUAAACAACUCGGAUCGCAUUAAUUUAUCGUUUCUGUACGUUUUAUUUAUGGCUUAUAAAUGUGUAAUCUGGUAAGGACCAGCCAAAU